AUGGUUUGUUCAGAAUGGUGGCUAGUGCUAGUGUUGACCGUUGCAGCUGCCCUGUUUGUGCAUCGGACUUUUGGCGAGAUGCUCCGCUACUCCGGAAAACUGAAGGGUCCAAAAGCUUAUCCGAUUAUAGGCAAUGGGCUGCUGUUUUUAAACAAAUCUCCAGCCGAGUUUCUACAAAUCGUUGGCACACUCUUCGAGCAGUAUGGCAAGUGCUACCGUGUCUGGCUUGGCACGACCCUUGGUGUUAUGAUGUUCGAUCCUAAGGAUAUCGAGGUGGUGUUAAGUAAUCCGAAACUGAUCACCAAAUCAACUGAGUACGACUUCAUGCGCCCUUGGUUGGGUGAGGGUUUGUUGACGAGCAGUGGGCGAAAAUGGUACACACAUCGAAAAGUGAUCACUCCGACGUUCCACUUCAGCAUCUUGGAAGAGUUUUUGGAGAUUUUUGAUCGGCAAACCACAACGUUUGUUGAGGUGCUGCGACCGUUUGCCAAGUCGGGUGAAUCGUUCGACAUUUUCUCACAGGUGGCCCUAUGCACUUUGGAUAUCAUUUGUGAGUCUGCCAUGGGAACCACAGUAAAUGCGCAGGUGCAAUACAACUCGACGUACGUGUUGGCAGUCAAAGAGAUUACGAAUCUUAUUCAGCAGAGAUUUUAUGAUUUUCUCAUUCGCCACGAAUGCUUCUUCCGCCUGUCGUCGAACCGUCGUAAACAGGUGAAGGUGUUGAAAGUCUUGCAUGACUACACCGACAAAGUCAUCAGCGAACGAAGGCGACAACUAGCAAACACGUCACACGGAAAGAGUGCAGAAGAGUCGGCGGAUCUGGGCAUCAAGAAGAAAAUGGCAUUCCUGGACAUGCUCCUGCAGUCGACGAUUGACGGGCAACCUCUGACUGAUCUGGAAAUCCGCGAAGAAGUGGACACGUUCAUGUUUGAGGGCCACGACACAACGACGUCCGCCAUUAGCUUUCUACUGAAGUGCUUGGCCAAGAAUCCUGAUGUUCAACAGAAAGUGUACGAUGAAAUUCUCGAUGUUUUUGGCACUGAUCGUUCGAAACCGGUCACGAUGGGAAUGCUACACAAAUUGAACUACCUUGACCUGGUGAUCAAGGAAACACUUCGGAUGUAUCCCACAGUGCCGAUGAUUGGCCGAAAGAUGUUGCAAACUACCGUUAUCAAUGGAAAAAUAAUACCCGCCGGCGCCAACGUAAUAAUAUUUCCCUUUUUUCUGGGGCGCAGUGCAGAAUACUAUCCCACUCCGGAAAAGUUUGAUCCGGAGCGGUUCAACAUGGAAAAGUCGGCCGAGAAAACAAACCCGUACCAGUACAUCCCGUUCAGUGCUGGGCCGCGAAACUGCAUUGGUCAGAAGUAUGCCAUAGUUGAGCUGAAAAGUAUUGCUAGUAAAAUUCUACAACAUUACGAGAUCCUGCCUACGAAAGAAGAGCGGGACGAGUCUUUCACGUCGGAGAUUGUACUACGGCCAGAGCAUGGAACGUAUAUUCGAUUGAAAGCGAGAGUUUAUUCGUAA